CACUUGACACGAUACGAUAAUAUCAAUAUGGUCCUCAUCACAAUAUCUAUGCUCUUUGCAACCAUCAAUAGCAUCUGUUAUAGCACUGGUUGGUCUAUUCCUUCAACAGAUAGAAUCGACAGCUAUCGCACAAUGGACAGUCAGUGUACAAUUGAUCGGACACGCGUCUCAACCUUAAGCACCGCAGGACAACUUUACUUGAACAUGUCGAACUCAAUUAUUUCCCACUCUUGUCCAAGUCGGAGUCUGCCCUCACUAAAAUUCAUACAUGUCAAUAUAUGGAUCACGACGUGCGUGGUGUCCCGGAGCCAGGAAAAGUAGUCCCCCCCUGUCUCCCCACGUGUGACGUAGGUGUCACUUCAAGUCUAGCGGAUUUAGACACUGUUAGUUGGUUGUUCGCGCUCGCCCACCGCAGCCUGCUGCUAGACAACGCCUGCGCCACCGAGCCCCCUACCCGCCGCUCUUGGACCUGUGCACCGUUGCAAGCUUCCUAUGAUGCGUCUUAACGGCCGCAGUAUUAUAAUCACCCCAAAAUACAUUUGCCUCUAGUUUGCCUCACAAACUAUUAUCAUUAUCCUUCC